AUUGGAAAUCCGUGCGUCGUACUUUUUGUAGUUUUAUUUCAAAAUGUUUUCGGCGAAAGUCGUGAGGAGGCUGAGAAAGGUCUAAAACUAAUUUUGGGAUAUCCUUUAGACGCGGUGUCCAACUUUACAGAAAUGGCUAUCGAACAUGGAUAUGAGGCAGAACAGCAUUUGGUUACAACUGAAGAUGGUUACAUCCUAACAAUGUUCAGAAUUAGUAAAGGCAAGAACUGCAAGGAGCCGAUAAGGAAGCCUCCUGUCCUGCUGAUGCACGGCCUGCUCAUGAGCUCCGAUAGUUUCAUGGAUUCGGGCCCUGAUGCCGGGCUGGCCUACUUGAUAUCUGACUUGUGUUACGAUCUCUGGGCACCAAACAUCCGUGGAAAUUACUAUUCAAAGCAGCAUAUUAAACUCAAUCCCUCAAAAGAUCGCGAGUUCUGGGACUUUUCCAACUUCGAGUUUGGUUACUAUGAUAUUCCAGCUUCUCUCAAUUACAUUUUAAGUUACACAAAGUCAGACAAGAUCAAUUAUAUUGGAUAUUCACAGGGCGGCAGCACUUUCUUUAUUAUGAACUCCGAAAGACCGGAGUACAAUGAUAAAAUCGGCGUAGGAAUACUUCUCGAGCCGGGCUCGAAACACACCUACACCAGGUCGCAACUUUUUAGAUGGCUUGGUGACACCUAUCAACUCGCCUUACCUACUCUGUAUCAAGCUGGAUUAUAUGAAGCUUUACCUUUAGGUGGAUUCGUACAAGAAGCUGCAUCUUUUCUGUGCAAAGACUACGCCCUCGCUGACUUCGCUUGUAAGGUCGCUCUAGGCUUGAUAGAUUCUUUUCAUCCUGGUUCUAUAAAAACUGAGACCGUCCGAGUGCUUUUCGGGCACUUCCCGGCGGGAACAUCGGUUAAGAACAUGGCGUGGUACGGUCAGGCAUUGAACGUUGACGAGUUUCAGAAUUUCGACUACGGGGCGACUGGGAAUUUGCAACAGUACGGUACUUCCCAGCCUCCCGUGUUCAACCUUAGCCUUGUGGAAGUGCCGGUAGUAGUAAUCCAUGGCAGACAUGAUUACCUGACCUCACCAGCGGACGUCGAAUGGGUGACAAGCAAACUGCCCAACGUGCUGGAGCAGUUCUAUGUGGAGGAUCCGAUGUGGAAUCACUUUGACAUCACGUACAGUCAGUUCACUGGUAGAUCAAUUUUAGGCAAAAUAAAGGAAUAUCUAGACGAGUUCAGUACAUAACUU